AGUAGUGCGGCAUGAACACGAGGCAGGUACACAUUAUUUUCUAUACUUACGCGCGCAGCCUCGCAGUGCAAAGUAAACAAGGCGCUUUGGCGGCUAGCCAAGCAUCAGUGCAACGGUAAGAAGCUUCGAGUAAUUGUCCAUACUAACCUGAAAAAGUGUCGUCCUCUCGGUGCAUCGAGUCGUUGUUGUUACACACGUCGGGAAAAGGAAAUGACUGCGCGCUGACGAAAGACCGGUGCGGGAUAGAUCCAAAGUGCAUUUCGUACGUUUGAACGGACUUGGCUGAAUUUUCGCCCAACGAGACCCGCCUCUCGGAUAAUGUAAUGUCAACGAGGGAGGCACGAGUAGCGCCCGGCUACUUGGAAGCAGCAGCAGUUGGACAUUAUGUUGACGAGGUUCCUGCUUAUCGUCGUCCUGAGCUUGUUCGCGUCAAGCCUGCAGGUCUACAGCAGCAGCAGCAGCGAUGAGGAGGCUGGGAUCAUCGAGGCAGCCGAGCUGGUGCUACUGGGAUCGUCGUCGGCCAAGAGGGAGGACGUCGUCGUCGUCGGCGCUGGCAGCAACGAUGCAACAGUUACAGAGCUGGCGAGCUACGACGAGCGGCAGGCGCGGAUGUCGCUGCACACGGAGUCACCUCGAGCCAAAGCCCGACGCGAGCAGGCGCUGCGCAACAUCCUCGUCGCCAGACGACGCAAAGUCAUGCUGCGACAUCGGCCCUCUUCCUCCUCGGAGACUCUAACAGCCGCGGCCUCGUCCACGGGCGUGCAGGCGUCACGGCGCUCGGCCCUGCGUCGGAAGCCCGUCGUCAGGGAGACGAUGCUCGGAGACGUGCUGGAAAUGCAGGAGUCGCAGAACGGACUGUACGUGACGGUGCCCGAGCAGCAGCAGCAGCAGUCGAUCAACGACACGCACGAGAUCGUUAUCGAGACGCUCGGCGGCGGGACGACGGGCACGAAGCGCAACGCCACGUCGUCGAGCAACGGCAAUCCGUCAAAAGCGCAGAGGACCAGCCAGCAUCAGAUGAGCGGCGGCAGCUCGAUGGAGCACCGGGGCAAGAAGAUCGUCGAGAUGCCGGCCUCCCUGUACAAUCACUUCAGACCCGUCGAGAGCAACAUCCCCAUCGAGGACAUGUCCCAGUUCCUGUAUUUCGGCCAGAAGCUCCGGGGAACCGGCAUGGGCAAAGAUAGUUCCCCGGCGAGCCCCUCUCCGAAGAAGCUCCUCGCGAUCCUCGACGACGAGAUGAACAGCGUGGACCGGAGCAGCAGCCACGUCAGUGCCAGCAAGUCCACGAAGAUGCGCACGACUAGUCUCCGCGAGCAGCCCACGUCCACGUCGACCACCACCACUACGACGACUACUCCCAAACCGUCCUGUCCCGACAAGGCGGUGUCCGAUGCCCGGGGUAACAGCAUCAACGCAACCGACGCAGAGAAGAACAGCGAGGCUUCGUCCACGGCGAACCUCAGUCUGAGGAUCGUCGUUACCGAGGCCACGACGGCGACGCCCAGUACCGUGGCCAGUGUGCAAAGCUCCACUACGACGACAACGACGACGACGACGACUACCGUGGCCAGUUUUACGGUGGUGAGCUCGACGACGAUUGAGGAAACGGACAAGUCGACGGUGGAGAACAAGGAACCGCAGUCGCAGUCGGAAUCUCAGCCAGUGCAGCACGUGACCGAAGCAGCUCCAUCUCCGCGGCAGCGAACCAGCAGCAGCAGCAGCGCGUUGCGCAACAGCUCACAUCAGACCGGCAGCGCUCCGAUCACCGUCUCCUCGCCGGCCGCGAGCGCUCCUCGGCCGCUCAGUGCCGGCGCGACCGUCGAGCAAGCCGCUGCUCCCCCACGAGCCAGCCAGCAGCAGCAGCGAGCAGCGAACGCCGCAGCGCACAAGCAGCAACAGCCGGGCUUCACGAUCAGGUGGACGGACGACGCGGCGCGACCCGUGAGUAAGAGGCGCAGGCUCGCUGCAGCCGCGGCCGCCAGCAGGCGCCGCGACAAGUCCGCCAGGACCAUGGAGGACCAAACACUCGUCACCACCACUAUGCCCGAGACACCGACCACUAUGCCAGCCGUCACCCCGAAGAUCGUCCUGCCGAAAGUGACUUCGGAGAGCGUCGUCGCUGUCACAGGCAGCAGCAGCAGCACGACCGCCUCGAGCACGAGUGCGGCCGACACCGAGGAUCCGGAAGUGCAGACCGCGACCACCGAGAGAGAUGUGCCGACCACGACGAUGGGCAGGAUGCUCGACCCCUCGGAGGUGCAGAAGAUGUACAGGUCGGGCAGCACCAGCACCACCACGGCGACGAGCAGCGCGGUGCCGUCGACGGACAUGAUCGAGGAGGCGACGACGACCCCUACGACGGUUUCGAGCACCGCGAGCAGUACGACCGCCAGCACAACGGAGAGUGUCAGCAGUCCUGCGCCGGAGAGAUCGCCGGAGGUGCGCGCGCGAAACUUGGCGGACAAGGCCAAGGACGACGUGCUGCCGAUCAUGCAGCUCUACAACACCUCCAGUAUGUUCAACGCGAGCGAGGCACCCUUGACGAGCACCACGGCGACGGCCCUUCCUACCGAGGUGGUCGUCGAGCCGACGACACCCACCGCAACGACGACGAUCGUCGAGCCGUCGCCCGAGCCCUCGACGACCACCACGACCACAACCACCACCACCACCACGACAGCCAGGCCGAGCAGCACUACCAGCACCCCCAGGCCGGUGUCCAACGGCAUCAGCAACAAGAACAGCCCCAACAACGUCGGCGGCAACAACAGAACGGGCUCGGCAAAGCCCCACAGGCGCGAGUUCCCCGCCGAGUACGCCGGCUACUACCCCUACGAGUUGAACAACGGCAACAGCAUUCAGAACCACAGCCUGAACAGGACGUUCCUCGAGCCGCCCGGAUUCGUGAGCGUGGGCUCGUCCUCGCCCAUUGUGAACAUUAGUGAAGUGAUAUCGAGGCGGCACGACGCCGACGCGCUCGCCAGCCAGGAGACCGUCGCUGUCGUCAGCUACAUCCUGGCGACCCUCGUCGUCUUUCCGAUUGCCGUUGGCGUUGGACUGAUCUUGAGAAGACUGAUACUUAGGAAUCGUAAGGUGCUGGAAGAGUCGGACACGUCGUCCGAGAUAAGCUGCAGGAAGGAUGCGCUCAACCUCGAAACCGGAGACUUCAAAAUGCCCAUAGAGAAAACGAUCACGAAGCUGCCGAGGAUACAGCACCUCUGCCACGAGGCGGAAAAACCACCGCCGCCGUCGUCGCAGGAAUCGCGCUGGGAGUUCCCUCGAGACAAGCUGAGGCUGCAGACGGUCCUUGGCGAAGGGAAUUUCGGUCAGGUCUGGAAGGCGGAAGCGGACGACUUGACGGGUCACCAGGGCACGACGCGACUCGUAGCCGUGAAGACGGUCAAGGAAGGAGCCUCGGAUCGAGAGAAGGAGGACCUCGUGCGUGAGCUCGAGAUCAUGCAGCGCGUUGGCAGUCAUCCCAACGUCGUCACGCUCCUUGGCUGCUGUACCGAGCAAGAGCCCCAUUACCUGAUCCUCGAGUACGUGAUGUACGGCAAGCUGUUGGCGUACCUGCGCGACCACCGCACGCGCCAGGACUUUUACAACUUCAGCGAGGACUCGGCCGCCCUUACCUCCCGGGAUCUCACGGUCUUCGGCUACUGCGUCGCCCGGGGUAUGGAGUACCUCGCCUCCAAGAAGAUCAUCCAUCGAGACCUGGCGGCGCGUAACGUCCUGGUGGACCACAACAAGCUCUGCAAGAUCGCCGAUUUCGGCAUGUCGAGGUUCGCCAACGAGGACGGCGAGGUGAUCGAGACGAGACACGGCAGGAACGCCCUGCCCAUCAGGUGGAUGGCGCCGGAGUCCCUCAUCUACUCGCUCUUUACCACCAAGACCGACGUCUGGAGCUUCGGCAUCCUCAUGUGGGAAAUCGUGACGCUUGGAUCAACGCCAUACCCGGACAUGACGGCCCGCGAGGUGAUGCGCAGCGUGCAGAGCGGUUACCGUCUCGAGCGUCCGUCCCAUUGCCGCAGCGAGCUGUUCCGGGUGAUCGCCCGCUGCUGGCACGCCGAUCCAGACCGCAGGCCUGAGUUCCAGCUGCUUAGGCGGGACCUCGCCCAGCUGCUCGAGGACAACAUGAACGGCCACUACGUCGACCUCGAGAGCUUCGCUUCCGAGUGCACCGACUGAAUAACGUGUGCUGCUUCUCCACGAAAAAUCUGCGAUCGAUCUCUUUGGCCCUUUUGCAGUACAAAGUUCCGAUGCCGUUGUUAGAGAGUGCGUGCUUUUCAAGGGCCGAAGACGCAUCGAAUUUUUACGCUGAAAUCGAAUCCGUCCCUAGGAAAUAUUUCUAGCGAAUAUUUUUUUAUGGACUCACUUAAUUUACAAACAAACAAAAAAAUUAAAAAAUCUUCCACGCUUCCGAGGAGGCAAAAAACAAAACAAAUUACUUUAAUUCCUGCAAAAAUAAUGAAGAAAUUGAAGGAUCGAGGCUAUUCUUUUGUAAAAAAAAAAUUGAUCGUAUUAGAGAUUGAAUAUUUUUAGUGAUUCAGUAUUUGUGUUUGAGGGAAAAAAAACGUCGCGAGCGAAUUAUCUAUACGAUAUGUAAGCCAAGCUGUUAACGUUCGGAGGUAAAUCUAAUCGUAGAUUCUCCAAAGAAAGGCAUUAAAACGAGCGAAAAAGAGAAAAAGUUUAUCGCGGAGUACUAGUGCUUUUUCGUCGGCACUCGCUUGGACGAGCUUGUUGUCAGGAAUGCAAGUAUUUUUUUUAUUAAAAUCUAGCUUGUAAGUUUAAAAAUAGUAUCGACAUCAGUGAUGUUCGCGCCAUUUUUCAAGCUCAUUGUCAACACUUAUUUUUUACAUAUUUAUUAUUGGCCGGCGAAGGUGCAACACUUUCAAAUCUCUAUGUAAGAUUUAGGAAAACGUAUUUUCCGGUCUAUUAAUGUUUAACUACUAUUAUUUUUUUUUCUGUCGUGCGUCGUAUAGCAUGCUCCUUACAGUAACAAUGAAAAAGCGACAAAAACAAAUCUGUAUAUAAAUGUAAUCGAGCAUGUAUCUCGGGUCUUGAAUCUUUUAAUCAAACGUAUCGCAGGAAAGCAGGAUUCGAGUCGAGUCUUUCGCGAGAAUUGACGAGAAUUCGAAGAUUUUAACGAUACGAGUUAAUCAUGCGUUUAAUUUUAAUGAUUCUAGUCUUUCGACACAUCUGGAGCAGAGAUCAAGUCGCUAACAUUUAUUCGUUUCACGCCUUUAAUAAUCGUUAUAUUAUUAUUUUUGAUCAAAGCUCCACUUUUGUCAGUUGAUGUUUUAUUUAGUUUUUAUCAAGCUAUUACAUUAUUAUUUUUUUCGAUUGUCAAAAUAACUGCGAGAAUUCGACUUAGCUGAAUGAUCGAUCGGUAUCUCUAAAUCCGCCUACGAUGAGAAAUUAUUGUGAUUUGCGUACAAAUGCAAAAUAAAAUUAUGUAAAAAAGCUGUAUUUUAUAACGUAUUGUAUUAAGAAACCUUUAUGAGUAAAUGUUAUCAUAUAUUUUUGAA